AUGGAGUCUGCAGUUGCUGCACACCACCGCAAGAUCGAGCUGCAGGCCCCGGAGGACCUCACCUACCUCCUGGCCAACGUCCGACGCGCCGCGACAUCGCGAAUCGACGAGGCCUUCCCUCCCGUGGAUGGUGAACAAGGCGAAGAUGAGCUGCGCACGCGGAUAGAAGAGCUUGUGACCGAGUACAUCACCAAAACAUUCACCCUCGCCGCCCCCAACCUAUCCAUUAACGGCCUUCCCAUCUCCCACACCCACGAAAUUCUCUCCGGCCGUGCCCCCACCUCCACCACUGACCCAUCCCAACCCGAAGAAGUCUUCGCGCCCUUCGACGCCCGCCUGCGCGCCCGCGUGGAGGAUCUCACGCGCGAAGAGGAGGACCUCCUCCGCGACAUCGCCGCACUGAAGAAAUCCGUUCCUGCUACCGCGGCAGCGCACUGGAGCGACUCGGUGAAGCGGGGGAUCCAAGCGGACGAGGAGGCGCUGGCGGCUUUGAAGGAACAGAUCAGCAGCAGCAGCAGCAGUGGUGAAGCGGAUGAGAAGGGGCAAGACAACGAUUUGAAGGAGGUGAUCAAGAUGUUGGAGCGGCAGGAGGGGGUGCAACAAGGGUACGAGAGGGCGGUCAGGGGGCUGGGGAGGUUGAAAAGGGAGAUGCCUUCUGUGGCGGCCAAGAUGGAGAGGGCAAGGGGGGCCGGAGGCUAUGUGGUGUCGGGGCGCUGA